AUGGCGGUGUCCGGCAGGGUCAGCUUUUCCGUCAGGAGCAUCCUGGACUUGCCCGAGCAGGAGUCGGAGGACGUGGCCGGGACGUCGCCACCUUACUCGGCCACGAGGUCACCCUACAGAGCCUGGAUGGAGAGCUCGUGCAUGUCCUGGGACGAAGGCUGCAGCCUGGAGGCCUCGCCGGACUCCACAAAACCGGACGACUCCUCAACCGAACCCGAGCUUUCAGAUCCGGCGAAGAAGGGCAAAAAGCGGCGGGUGCUUUUCUCCAAGGCCCAAACCUUGGAACUGGAGAGGCGCUUCCGCCAGCAGCGCUACCUAUCCGGUCCGGAGAGGGAGCAGCUGGCCCGAAUCCUCAGCCUGACCCCGACUCAAGUCAAGAUCUGGUUCCAGAACCACCGCUACAAAAUGAAGCGGGGUCGCACGGAAGGGGCGUUGCUGGACCUGGAGAUGCUGCACCCUCCGGUGUUGCGCCGCGUCGUCGUGCCGGUUCUGGUUCGGGAGGGGAAACCCUUCCACGCCUGCUUGGAGAGAUCCGGCGGGGCGCUUCACUUCCCUUUUUCCUACCAGUCACUCCAGCAACCUCCGGCUGUCGCUCUUCCGCCCCGGUACCAGCACUUUCACAACCCGGCGCCCUCCAGAUUGGCUUGGACGGACUUUUGGAGCGACUCGGUUCAGUUUGCUUCGUUCAAGUGA